GUACUAUCUAUCUGCUCCAACAGGCAGAAUCCGUACAUCUGAAAAAAACCUUCAAACGUCUAAAAAUGUCAACGCUGUCAUUCAAAAGAUAUCAAUAUGAAUCAUGACCUAGUGGAAAUGUUCAGAGAGAAACUAGACAGCUUCACCAUCUCAGAUUACCAUGGCCUGAACAGUCCAGGUCUGACAUGCUAUUUGAACAGCGUGCUUCAGGUGCUUUUCAUGACCGAGGACUUCCGGGAGGCUGUGAAACGAUGCUGUAGUAAAGAUUCAACAACCAUUGACACACAGCUGAGAAGACUUUUCGCUUUUCUCCAAGGAAGUACGGCCAAAACGGAUAAAAUCCUAAACAAACUGGGGAUCACGAACGUAUAUGAGCAACGUGAUGCUGCAGAGUAUUUUGAGAGGAUCCUGUGUCGGACCAGUCCGGAGUCAGCCAAGAUAUUCAAGGGAGAGCUGAAUCACAAGACUGAAUGCCUCAAGUGCAAAGAGAGGAACGAAUCCAUGAGCUCUUUUUGGUUUCUGCCACUUGCAGUGGAAGAUUUGCUCCGUCAAACCUACAGCGUGGAGGAAGGGUUAAAAGCAUUCUUCAAGGGAGAAAAAGUCUGCGGGGACAACAAGAUGUUCUGCAACCGGUGCAAUAAAAAGCGAGAUGCAGACUUGGGAUGUGAGAUAACACACAAUCCAGAGAUUCUGACCCUCCUGCUGAAAAGAUUCAGCUUUGACUACAAGCGCAGGUGUUACGUCAAGCUUCACUGCAACGUGGACGUCCCCCAAACUUUACACAUAAAGAGUUGCAAAUACGACCUCUACGCUAUAGUUAACCACUUUGGUAAUCUAACUGGAGGCCAUUAUACUGCACAUAUCAAAUCUUUUGAAACUCACGUGUGGUAUCACUUCAAUGACGACAUUGUUAACAGGGUCAAACAACCACUGUUUGGGGCUGGAGACAAGCCUUUAAGGUCUUAUACAGCUUACCUCCUCAUGUACAGGAAAGUGAGCAAAGACCCUAAAAUACCUGAUGAAGUCAACCGGGAGGCUCUCUGUCUACAUACAGAUGUUGAGGCUGAAAUAAGACAUGAUGAGGCAGAGAGAGGAGAUGCUCUCGUUCCUCAUCAUCAAAAGAAAGAUGAAAGCUGCAACGGAGGCGGAAAAAUUAAGCAUUUGAAUGACAAGAUAUUAAAGAAGAUUCGCGCUGAUACUGUUUUGAAGAAACCUACAAACCUUUCUGGGGAAUUGGAAAAACAGCCUAGCCAGAGAGCAACAUGUGUAAGGACACAUAAUGAGAGUUUUCUUUAUACAGACACUGGAGCAGAUGGAGACAGUUUGCAAACAAAAAGGACACAUUUUGAAAUGCCCAAAAAAGAUGGUGGACCAAAAAGUCACGAGCCAAUCAGACAGCAAUUUGAUGCAAACUCAGAGGAGCACAUGUGGAAUCUGAAAACCAGAGGGACCCCCACAACACACCAGUUAGGCUGUAUGUCAGAGCAAAACAGGACAACACAAAAAGAGAGCCAUGGAAGUAAAAAAUAUCAGACUGAGUAAUACCUAAAGAAAUGUUAAAAAUGUGUCAUCAUGUAUGUAGGGUACUUUGUUGGAUAUUAAACAACUUAUCCAGUA